UUUAAUUUACCAUCUCAGCAUCUCUGCAGUUCUCUGCAGGUAGCACCCAGAGUCCCCAACAUCCGCUCUGGAGGGGCAGCGCCGCACGCGUUGUCGGGCAGCCGAUGCGAGCAGCCAUGCGACGCGUCGCGCGUCGAUGAAGCGGUUGCUGCUCAUCAUAGCGCCCAGCGCGGCGCGUGUCACCAACGCGAGCCGGUGCGCCCGCCGCGUCGUCGUUCCCUCAUCGGGACGCCUCGGCAAUCACCUCUUCGUCAUCUACGCGUGCUACGGUAUCGCGAGACACCAUAACCUGUGCCUCCGCGCGACGGCGACGACUUGCGCGGCCUUUGAUUUCGCGAAUUACACGGACGUGGCCUGCCCGGGCGAGCCGGGCCUCCCGGGCCACGCGCCCCAGGUCCACCUGAAGCUCUCGCGGGCGUGGUGGGCGCACGAGGACGGGCGGCGCGUUAUUCCGGCGGAGAAGCGACCGCGCGUCGACUUUCAGUGCCUUGGGUACCGCCAGAACGCGAGAGCGGUCGACGCGGCCGGCGUCGUCUUCCCCUGGAAGGCGAAGGUGGCUGCCCGCGGAAAAGCUUUGUACGAAAACACGACGCGGGGGCUGGGCGCGGACAAAGUUGUGGCGCUCUACCACCGCGUCGCGGCGGGCGAGCGGCAGUACCAAAAGUGUCUGCCGAGGCGGCCGUUCUAUGCGAGGGCGCGGCGGCAGUUUGAGCAAACCAUAUUCCCGAACCGCACCGUCGCGUAUAUCACGUCAUCCUACCAGUUCCGGGACGCGGCGGCGAUCGCAAGCGUCCUCGGCGCGGACGUCCGAGCCCUCGACGACCGGGAGCCGGCCGUCGUCAUGGCCGCGCUGACGCACGCGGACGCGGCGACGUUCUCGUGGGGGUCGUUCUCGUGGUGGGUCGCGCGACUGACGCGCGGGUCCGUGCUCUACGACCGGGGCCUGCGGAAUAGCACCUGGCUGGAGACGUCGGGCUGCGGCGCGCUCGUCUUUGGGGGCGGCGGCGCCGGGCCCGCCGACGCGCGGCGCUUCGCGGACGAGCACCUGCCGCGCGACUGGAGGCCAGUGUGAUUCAUCAAGUGUGUCAUGUUACUAGAAAUGUAGAGAGUAAUAGUUUAAUGAGGA